AUGCAUUUCUCGUCAAGCAUUCUACUUCUCAGCGCUGCAUCUGCAGCCAUUGCUGAAACUGCUGGCCAGCGUCUCUCACUCAUGGCAAUCAGAGGUGUUUUCGAGCGUCAGGUAAACACCUGCGUCCCAGUUACAGCCCCCGCGACAUGCGAGAGAUCCUGUGGUCCAGGAAACAUUGAAUGUAUCAGCUUCCCAACAUGCUACAACCCCAGUGCUGGAGAGAGCUGCUGUUCCAACGGAAAAUACUGCCCUGCUGGAUACUACUGCACCGAUGCUGGAUGCUGCCCUAAUGGAACCCCUCUCGCAGAAUGUGGCGCCACAAUCUCUUUGAGCGUUAUUCCACCUCCUGCUGCGACCACGGCGGCUCCCGUCCCAACCCCAACACCAACAACCGCUCAGCAGGUCACCACAACUCCAGAGCCAGCAACACCUACUCCUUCCACCGCGUCGACCACCCCUAGCUCUUCUGAGUCAUCUACAUCCACAACGUCUUCAUCCACGUCUGUCGAAACACCAGAUGCCUCAUCGACCACCACCGCUGGACCAAUUCAGGUCACUGGUGCUGCACAAAAGCUGGGCUCUGAUAUGAUCCCUCUUGCACUUGGAGGACUUGGUGCUCUCCUCAUGGCACUUUAA